AUGCGCGGUGAUGAAGGGCAAAAUGGGCGAUCUAAAGAAUGCCAUGGUAGGAGUGGACAGCAUAUGAUAGCUAAGGUGCCUGUAGGUACCAUUGUCCGCACCCAGCGAGGGACAAUUGUUGGUGAUUUGGAUAAAGAAAAUAUGAUGUUUGUUGCUGCAAGGGGUGGCGCUGGCGGAAAAGGAAAUCGCUUCUUUACAACAGAUCAGGAAACCGCUCCAAAGAUUUGUGAACAUGGGCAAAAAGGGGAAGACCUAACCUACGUUUUAGAGCUCAGAAGUAUGGCCGAUAUUGGCCUGAUAGGAUUUCCUAACGCUGGCAAAAGCACCCUUUUAAAUGCAAUAACUCGUGCUCGUCCAAAAAUAGCGCCCUACGCUUUUACCACCUUACAACCUUACGUCGGCAUGGUUCAAUAUUCUGAUCAUACGCAAAUAGCGGUAGCGGACUUACCAGGCAUAAUAUCCGAUUCCCAUCGGAACAGAGGCUUAGGCAUACAGUUUCUCAAACAUGUUGAACGUUGUUUAAUUUUGAUCUUUCUUUUGGACGCCAGCGCAGACUCUCCCUGGUUAUAUUACGAAAAUCUUUUGUUUGAAUUAGGCCAAUUCAACAAAAAAUUGUUGGAGUAUCCCAAAAUUGUAGUCGCUAAUAAAAUUGAUAAAAUGGAAGCGCGAAAUAACCUCUUCGAAUUAGAAAACAAAAUUGAUAGCCCCAUUAUAAAGAUAAGCGCCAAGCACGGCACAAACUUAGAUGAACUUUUAAAAGUUGUGCGUAAAGUCUAUGAUAGCUGCAAGCCAAGUGCAGAAUGGUAA